AUUUAUGAGUGGUCGUACUAACAGCUGUUCAGCACCGUCUGAAUAUAGCGCAGAACUUCACAGAUUCAUUUAAGUUUGUGUUAAAUAACUUAUCGGCUUUAACUUAAACGAUGUGAAUUCAAACAAAGCAGAGCUGUUAAGCUAAGCGGUCGGUUCAAAAUUUGAAAAACGCACAAAAAGCGUCAUGUGAGAUUUCCACGUAUCAAAGAAGUCGUAUUGUUGUUUAUAUGCAAGAAACUAUGUCAAAAUGCUAAACUAGUUUUAUUAUUGUUGUUGCUGUCGCUGCCGCUGUGGAUUUAGAUUUGGCAAAACGUUAGAACUUAAACGUACAACGACCUUUUCUAGUUCAAAAAUAUUAGCAUAUAAAUUUUGGCGCAGCAGAUUUCAUCUGAGUGUUGUUGUUCUGCUGUCAUUCAUAAUGACCGGUGGUUCAACGCUACGGGCAAAUAACUUUUAUUCAAAUAUUAAUAGAAAAAUCGCAGAGUCAGCAAUUAUGCUAGAAACCGUACACAAAGAAAAUAACAACAAAUUCAGUGUUCGAAAGUUGAUUCUAUAAUAUUUGUGCCGGAGUUCAAGGCUUUGAUUACGUGUUAGCUGUGCUUAAAGCAGACAGAGCAGAGAACAGAAAACAGCAUUGAAUUAUUUUAAGAGUUAAACUUCACAAACCUUUCACAAAUGUUGUUAAAUUGUUCCCCGUUAAAUUGCAAAAUGGCAAAUAAAACACCAGAUGUUUUUAUUUGCGGAUUGGUGGUUGUGACGCUGCUGGUCAUACAUUUCUUCUCAGACUUGCUGCGCAUAUCCUUAGGUGGCUACUACACCCACGACACGUUAUUUCAGCUUGUCGAUUCCCACGCUAAGGAAUAUUCCUGGUUGCUCAAAUUAUUAGUCAAUUGCUUUGGCUACAGUUGUGUUUUCGUACCUGGUUUUCUCAUUUACAAAUAUGUACAGCGCACAAAUUAUUUAGAAAGAAGUGAUAAAUCCUGCGUUUAUACCGCAGUUAGUAUGUGCAUCACCGGUCAAACGGGUAGAGACAGUGAACGUGAUGAACAGUUGCAAGCAAAGCCAAAGCCAGGUGAAGUUGAGAUCCCUUUAGUGGGCGACAAAGUUGUUUCCACACCGCCGAAACGAACUAGUUCACAGGAAGCAGUGUUGUUGUUUUGGUGUUUCGGUGGACUUAUGUGUUCCUACCUCACAUGGGGUGUGCUACAAGAAAAAAUUAUGACUCAAGAAUAUCAAAACUUUGCUGGGGAAACUUCACAUUUUAAGGACUCGCAGUUUUUGGUAUUCAGUAAUCGUAUUUCGGCAUUCUUUGUGGCGUUAAUUUGGUUACAUCUUAGGCCACCACCCACACGACAUCGCACUCCUUUAUACAAAUACUCAUAUGCAUCCUUUUCAAAUAUUAUGAGCGCUUGGUUUCAGUAUGAAGCGCUUAAGUUUGUCAACUUCCCUACACAAGUCUUAGCUAAAUCGUGCAAAAUUAUACCGGUCAUGCUAAUGGGUAAAAUAAUGUCCAAAAACAAGUAUGAGUGCUAUGAAUACUUUACUGCAAUUCUUAUAUCGCUUGGUAUGAUAUUUUUUAUGACUGGUUCUGCGGAUAGUUCAAAAGCGAGUGGAGUCACCACUCUGACUGGUGUGUUUUUAUUGGCUAUGUAUAUGGUUUUCGAUAGCUUCACUGCGAACUGGCAAGGCGAACUCUUUAAGGGAUAUGGUAUGACGCCAUUGCAAAUGAUGUGUGGCGUUAAUUUGUUUUCUACUGUAUUUACCGCUGCCUCACUUUCCAUACAAGGCGGUUUUAUAGAUUCACUUGCCUUUGCUACAGAACAUCCGAAAUUCAUUUUUGAUAUAAUGAUAUUAUCAAUUAGUUCAGCUGUUGGACAGUUGUUUAUUUUCUACACUAUUUCUGUUUUUGGACCAGUUGUGUUUACGAUAAUAAUGACGCUACGUCAGGCUGCCGCGAUAAUGCUUUCAUGUUUCUUGUAUAAUCACAGUAUAUCACUACUGGGAGUCUUAGGUGUUUUGGUUGUAUUCUUUGCCAUAUUUUUACGAGUCUAUUGCAAUCAAAGACUGAAAGCAAUGAGAAAACGUUUAGAAGCAAACAAACCAAAAAUGAGUGUCUAAAAAAUAUAGAUACUUAAAUUCUUUAGAAUUGAUGGAAGGAUUGUUGUAUUUUACGAAACGAAAAAGAUUAAAAAGAUUUUAUCAUUUCGUAAAAGAGGAAUACAAGCCCAAUGAAACUUAAACGAAUGACACAAAAAUUUGUAAGUGCAAAUCUCUUGAAAUAAAGGAAUAACAUAAA